AAUAAAAUUCCAAUUACAAAUAUUUUAACAUAAUAUAGUGAGUGUAAAGUUGUAAGUAUGAAUAUUAGGGUGGUUCUUAUUUAUAGGGAUUUUUUUAUUAUUAUUAUUAUUUAUAAUCGAUGCCUCCAAAAAGGUUCCAAUAUGUAUAAAAUUGAAGAAUACAAAAUUUGAAUAUAAUCGGAUAAUUUUAACCCGUGCCCCAAAGCCCUUAAAGUUACUAACAUAAUAAACCGUAGACAUGACUGUAAAUAUAAAAAUACCUCACCGAUACAGUUCAUAUUAUAAUCGUACAUAGUCCGUUUUUAUCUUAAUGCCUUUUGAUAUCUAAUGUGAUUAUGUGAAUCAUAAUUGUGACGACCAUGAAUAUUCGUAUUUAUCAUUAGUUAUUGCAAAGUCACUGGUGUUGUUACUGCAUAGUUCAUUUAUAAAAUAGAUAUUAUAAUGUCACUACUAUACGAACUUCGUGUUCAGACGAAAAUAUAUUUAAUCGGAGACGAUGCAAAUCAAAUUAUAGGCAGUAAGUUACCAUCCAAUAUGCAAGUGUUAAAGGUUUUAUUUUAUAAUCUUAGAAAAGUGAAGCUUAAUUUGAGACAGAGUUCCUCUUUAGUUUUAAAAGAAAAAAUGAUAUUUUGGGAAAAAGCGCGAAUACCAACUAGAGAUUUUCAACGUUGUAUUGAAAAAUUAGAAAAAAUGUAAAAUGAAUGGAGAAAUUUACAGAAACAUGCAACAAGAAAAAAUGAAAACCAAAUAAAUAAGGAAAAACAGUUUAAAGAUCAAUUAGAAGAUUUAUUUGAUAUAGCUCAUGCCAAUUCUAUGCAGAUGAUAAGUUUGGAGGAUGAUAAAAUUUUUUUGACUUUACAACGCCAAAAGGGAAGGCCUGGUUAUUUAUCUGGUGUAGAUUAUGCAUUUAUGAGAAAUGUUAAAGAUAAAGAAGAAAGACAAGAGAAACUAAAUGCUAGAAAAAAACGUCAUUAUGAACAAUGUGCUGCUACUUUUAAUAAACAAUCUAUUGAUUUCAGUGAUGACGAUUUUUCCGACGAAGUUGCAAGUACUAGUGAAAUUGACUGUUUACCAGUAUCUUCUACAGAAUAUAAAUCUAAUAUAAUAGAUACUUCACAAACUCAACUCACCGUCACUAAUAAAACACGAGGUAGAAAAGAAAUCAUGACAGCAAAAUUAUCUUCAGCCCUUGACCGUUGUAAAAUUAGUGACAGAGAUGCAGUUCACAUAAUAAUUGCAGUAGCAGAAGCACUUAAAGUUGAAGUUAGUGAUUUAGUUGUGAACAGAUCUUCCAUAAAACGAUAUCGCGAGCAAUCGCGUAUGGUUUUAGCAAACAAUAUUCGUAAAAAGUUUUCAACAUCUGAAUUAAAUGCAAUAGUCUUACACUGGGAUGGUAAAUUGCUCAUUGAUUUAACUGGAAAACAAACUGUUGAUAGAUUGCCAAUUGUUAUAACUAAUAAUGACAGUGAACAACUAUUAGGUGUACCUAAGUUAUUACAAGGCACUUCAAAAGCUCAAGCAGAAGCUAUUUACCAACACUUAUCUGAGUGAGGAUUAAUGGAUCACGUAAAAGCAAUAUGUUUUGAUAUGACUGCGACAAACACGGGUCGAAUCGGCGGUACAUGUAUAUUACUUGAACAAUGGUUGGAAAGAAGUUUAUUAUAUUUACCCUGUCGUCAUCACAUUUAUGAGAUAAUUU